GUUGGAAAGAUGGGAUCUGGUUCUAGUACUCUGACUCCUCCAUCUUCCCCUGAGCCAGACAGCCCAAUACUGUCUCACCGGGCCCUAUCACCAGAAAAACAAAAAAGCAGAAAUUUUGUGAGAGCUGGAAAUGAUGUUGCCCCAAUCAUAAUCAGGGAUUGCAAAGAAGAAUUUCAGCAUGUUACAGAUUUCAAAGAUCCUAUUAUUUAUGGAAGCAUUACAGAAAACAUGCCUAGACACCCACUAGUGAAGGGAAAGUACUUCUUGGUUCGUGAUGCUUCAGAUAAAUCUGACAUCAAGAAAACUUAUGCCCAAUAUAAAGCUCCCAAUUUUCACCAGGCUUCAAAAGGAUUGCCUGUUUACGGUGCAGGCCAACCAACGGAAAAAGGACUUAUUUAUCUUAUAGACCAUCUAGUGGAUGAAGGUCACACAGAGGUUUUACUGUUUAAUUUGAGAGAGGAGCCCGUAUUGUUUGUGGAGAGUGCGUCUGAUAUGCUACCUUACUCCAUCAGAGAAAAAGAAAGCUUAAAGGAACUAGUCAACCUGGGCAGAUCCUCAUAUGAAGCAGAUGAAGCAGAAGCCAGGAUCAGAAAAGAGGUGAUAGACUUGGCAACACUAAAAGAGGAGAACAAGUUUUAUUUUUACAAGGACUUGGAGAAUCUUCAUCGAGAACCACAUGAGUUUUAUGUACAGUACGAGGACCACCUGUUAGUGUCCGAGGAAGUCUACUCAAGGCACAUUCUCUGCUCUCACUGUGUCAGGUACAGAAGACUGUGCUUUCCUCAGGAGUCUGCACCUAGUGACAUGGAUGUAGAUUCCUUUAUAGAUGUUUACAAGGAAUGUCCAAGUGGAUUUGACAAAACACAUGGUUCCAGUAUGGCGAUGUUGUUUACCUGCCAUGUGGGUUAUGGUAGAACCACAUUAGGAAUGGUAAUGGGGUCACUACUUUUAGCUCAUCGCAAUGGCUUUAGUAGCAUCCUUAGUAAAACCCAUAAAAGUAGUGGAGAGGAAAUAGACUGUGGUGCUGUACAUAGACUUGUCUCACUCAUUCCUGAUGGGCAAAAAAUCAAACACCAGAUAGAUGCUGUGAUAGAUAUGUGUGGGGAGCUAUACAAUUUACACAGUGAAAUUUCGGCAGCAAAACAUCUUUUAGAAGGAACAACAUUUGACCAAGAAAUUGAUGGAAAGAAUGCUCAGGAGAUGCUGUACAAAAGAUGCUGCCAUUUUCUACAACGCUAUUUAUUCCUCAUUUGUUUCAACAGUUACCUAACAGAACAGUUUUCCCAGCGAUUUCUCAAGUCAUAUUCAAAAUGGAAGAGACAACAUCCAGAGAUGAUCAGACUAUUGGAAAAUGUCCAUCACCCUAAUUCUCAUGCCCCACUGAAUUUGGUGCUGACAGAGAGACAGUUCCUAGUGGCAGAUGUAUACAUAGGAUUGGACGUGAUGAGUACACAAAUGGAUGUCAGAGUGCCUAACUUUAGAAAGCUCAACCUCAAAGGAUUCUCAGUUUAUGGAAUGGCUCAGCCUGCAAGAGAUGGUGUGACAAAAAUAUCCAACUACUUACUGAGUAAGAAACAAGGACAUAAACUGGUGGUACUGGUGAAUCUGAGGAAUGACGUGGCUGUGGAAUGUGAUGGGCAGACUUACAGUGUACGAGACUCCACACUGCUAGACGAACCAAUCAUUCAUCCAGGCCUCACAGUGGAAGAGCUAGAGGAUAAAGAAGAAACCUUAACAAAGAUAAUCAAAACCAACAAAAUCAAGAUAUACAAUGAGUUAUCUGACGAGCCUGUGGAGCGGGAAUUUAACAGUGUGCUGACAUCGUCGGAGCUGGCAGAGAAUCAGAAACUGCAGACUCUGGACAUGCAGUACUUUAGAGUGCCUCUACAAUAUGAUACCACACCAACAGAACAGGACUUUGAUGAUUUAAUGACUGUGAUACAUAAAAAUGGCUUCAGUGACGAUCAGGAAUGCAACAAGACGGCUAUUGUGUACUAUUGUCGGACAGGGAAAAGCCGCACCACCCUGGCCUUGGCUGUUACUGGUCUAAUCAUGUGUCAUCUAAGGGGUUUUCCAAAAGGAGCAAAUCUUGGAGAGCAAGAGAGAGUUUCAUGUCCAAAUGCCCAGUAUACCAAAGGAGACUUUAUGAUUGUUCAAAAGCUUGUACGGUUGCUGCCAAAUGGUCAACAAGUUAAAAGGGAAGUGGACUUCAUUUUAGACGAGUGUUUUGAAACCAUGUCGCCCAUGCAUUUUCAUAUUCGAGAAGUGAUAUUUGUAACAUACAAUAAGAUAACUAAAGCAAAGUCAGAAAUAGAAAAGCAACAGUUGAAGAGACAAAGUCUGGAGGCACUGGAGCGCUAUAUUUACCUGAUCCUGUUUAACAUGUAUCUAAGAUAUGACAAGAAAAUCAAAUGGCGGCGAACAUUUUCCCAGUGGAUGAGAGAGGUGGCUGUAAAUGCUGGUGUGUUUGAGUUGCUUGAUAACCUUGCUUUUUAUGACUUUGAGAAGCUACCUACAGCAUACAAAACAAUGAAUGAAAGAUGGACAAACCGUUCUCAACCCAUUCCAUUUGCCGGAGAAUUCAAGUGAUGCAUCUGAUGUAACAGUCAUUAAACCAAUGAAUUUUGUGAUAUGAUUCUAGUACACAAUGUACUACAAAGUGCAGAAAAGUUUGAAAGAAAUGAGAGAAUUUAAAAAAAAUCAAAAUCAAUGAGUUUGCUUAGUAUACUUUUUAGAUUCCAAUUUCCAUUUACACCUGUGUUAUAAUAAAAUCAAUUUUGUAUUUUAAACAGUGCAAUCAAGUUGUGUAUUUGAAUAUUGUAUUCAAUCAAGCCAAGCAGCUCAUGAGUUAUAAUGAUCUAGUUUUGAACUAGCUUGCAUUCAAACAAUAACAGAUUACCAUAUAUGCCUUUGAUUUUGCUCACAGUUAUUUGUGCAUUUUCAUGGCCAAAUAUGAUUUCACCUCGUUAGGCUUCAGAUUUUUAUUCUUUAAUGAUUUAUUGAAAUUGGUUUCCCUAAAGUGUUAAUUUCACAGGUUUGUUAUGCAGUUCAGAGGCGAAAAUAAAACCUGUAGAGAUCGAAUUAAAAUAUGCGAUGUUAAUGCAAGCUAGGUAGUAUAAAAUGAGAGAUUUUUCACAUUACUGGUACUUUCUAUAUUUGAAAAUGUUGAAUCUUUGUAGCUUUUGCUUAUAGCCUUUUCAAAUGAAGUGAGAUAUCAUAUUUGUAUUCAAGUCCGACAAUCAAACCGAGAAUCGGAAGAUGUUUGAAAUAUAAAUAUGGUACUUUCUAGACAUACCAUUAAUGCACAGAAUGAAACUGUUCUUGAACUAGCAACAAUAUAGAAGUACCUUGUAAAAUAUAUCUCUUCAUUGGGUUAUGGUUGUGUUAUUACUGUAUUUUGCACUUUAUUUAAGAUUUUGCAAACCUUGACAGUGUUGUUAACGAAUAUUGUUUUAUAUGAGUUUUUUGAUCAUAUACGAAUGGAACAGGUAACUGUGUAUAUCAUAUGAAUUUGUAUAAUUUUCUUUUAUGCAAAGCAUUAUUUGAUAAUGCACAUUUGUUAUAAUAAUAUAAUUGAUACAUUUAUCAUAUAUGUAAAAGCUCUGCCAAUUCAUCAACAGGUAACGAAAACAAUAUAUAUAGAUCAGUAGUUUUUGUACAGUUAUUUUUAUGCAUAACUUUUUUUUCGCCCCAAUAUUAUCCAAGCCAUCCACAUUGCAUUUAACAGAUUGAAUAAUUCUAGUAAGGCAAGAAAAAGAGACACAGACAAAAUUAAAAGUCAAAUCAAUGCAUAACAUUGCUGACAAAUGUCAUUACAAAUUAAACAGUUAAGAUUUGAAAAAGAUAGGGGUGGGAGUGGUGAAAUCAAGCAGCACUAUAACAGAGUAUUGGGGAAAAUGUGAUAUUCUUCGUGGGAGAACUGAAAUACUGGUGGAACAAAACCAAACGUGGGUGAGGGGAGGGGUGUUAUUACAAUGCAAUGCACAUACAACUAUUGAAAAGUUGUGAUACAUAGUUACUUUUCCAUUUGUAUAUUAAUUGUAAUUUUGUGCAAUAUUUACAAGUGUUGUUAUUCUUUUUGUACUUGUUUAAAUAUUUCAAUGAUUUAUAAAUAAACUGUUGCUAAACUGAA